GCGGGGCGCUUGCCGGUGCUGGUGGCCACCGACGUGGCGGCCAGGGGGCUCCACGUGAAGCACCUGCGUUACGUGGUGAACUAUGACUUCCCCUCGAAUUUGGAGCAGUACUGUCACCGGAUCGGGCGCACCGGGCGAGACGGAGAGUCCGGCACCGCCUUUUCCUUCUUCACCAGGAACCUGGCGCCACUGAGCCGCGACCUGGUCGAAUUGUUGGAACGCAGUGGACAGCAGGCGCGGCGCGACGCUCGGCGCUUCAGCACUGCAGAGCGCUAA